UUAAGAUAUAUAUAUUCUCUUUCUUUUUUUUUUUGUUUUCGGGUAAUUCAGCUUUUCCUUAGUCAUGGACUCGUCUGGCAUCAACAACACCAACAGCGAAAGCCAUGAAGAGCAGAAUCCAACUCCGGUGAAUCAACUAGGUGCCACUCAGUUGCAACCUUCUCAGCCUCAACCCAAUUACUCUCGCAGAUUUCUAGAUGAACGGCUAUCUAGAUUCCCCAGUGGUGCUGAUCUGCAAACCCUAGAAUCCUCCUUCGGUUCGCUCUCCGUUGCCGAUUCAAGUGUUCCUCCGUUUCUUGAAAACCGUUGGACCAAUGGAUCGUCUUCUUCGUCGUCGUCACUACAAUACCAAGAGAUCAAUGGCGCCCCUGGCUAUAAUGCUGAUGCAGGGAGAUAUAGGAAUCCUAACAGUGGUGUUUUCCGAAACGGAAACUCGCAAGACGUUCCUCCUUUGUCAAGAGGUCGUCAUUGGGGUUCCAACAAUGGACUAGGUUAUGUAAGGAACAAUAGUUCUUGGAAGAACAACCAAGGGUUCUUGAACAACCAUGAUCAGUCUCUGUAUUUCGGGAACCCUAGAACGAGAUCGAUUGCUUCGCUUGCUAAAGAUCAGAGUUCGAGUGCUGAGUUGCAGAGGAAGAUCUCCGAGGGCUCCAAGGAAACCAUCGAUGUGGUUUUCGAGGGUGUUAUCUUUCACGUCUGUGACUUGAUGGUUGACCCUUAUGGCCAUCACGUUCUGAGGAAGCUUAUGGAGAGGUGCAGCUCUGAACAGAUCUCUCAGAUUGUUGAUGUCAUCACUCAGCAACAGUUUGGAUUUGUUAAAAUUUGCACUGAUCCUGUCGGAGCCCUUGCGGUAAAGUCGCUGUUGAGGUGUCUUCAAACUGAGGAACAAGUUUUACGCAUAGUGGGAGUUGUCAGCUUGGGAGCACUUUUAUUGACAAGGAGCAGCAAUGCAUUUGUGAUUCUCCAAUGCUUCAAGCAGUUUAAUCCCUCCCACACUAGGGAGCUUCUUGCAGUUAUCGCUCAGAACUGUUUGCAGAUAGCAACUGAUGAAUAUGGCUGCCGCAUGCUUCAACAAUGUCUUGAAACUGGUUGUAACGUGGUAAAGCAAAGAUUGAUUCAGGAGAUAAUCGCGAACGCGUUGAGAAUCUGCGCUGACUCCUACGGAAACUACGUGGUGCAGUAUCUACUGGAGCUCGGUGAUCCAAAUGUAACAGUUUCGCUCAUAAAACAGCUGCUAGGGAACUACGCGUUCCUCGCUCGUAACAAAUUUGCAAGCCAUGUUGUGCAAAAGUUCUUGAAAAUCGAGUAUAUCGACCCUAGCUUGAUCGUAUACGACUUGCUUAAAGAUAUUGAUACACUUCUUCUUGAUCCGUUUGGAAACUAUGUCAUUCAAACGGCAUGGUUUGUCUGUAAGGACGAGUUGCGCAUGAUCUUGAUGAUGCAUAUUGAUCGUAAUAAACGAUUGAUGAGGUGCAACAUGUAUGGGAAUAAAAUUCUGGAGAGACUCAAUCUCUAGAGGGGAGAAAGAAUUAAGAAUGUAUUUGCUUCAGGUUUUCUUAUGUCAUUGGUUUGUAUUUUUGACUUAAUCGUCGUUGGGUUUUUUAGGUGAGUGUUUUGUGGUGGGUUUGUUUUGUGAAAUCAUACACCAUUAUAUGUCCUGUAUUGGGAGAUUUGUCUUGGUGUUUGUCU